GCCAGGGCAGUUCGAAUCGACUGUUCCUAAAGAAACAAAAUAUUGGAUACUGUAUCACUUGCAUCAUAAUAUUUAGUAGUUGUGGCUUGCUCUCAUGUCUUUGCUACGGUAGCCCCCCUUCUUUUUACCUGACCUCACCAGCCGAAAAAAAAAAAAAAAGGAAAACUGAAAAACAAAAUCGAUAUCAUGUACAGUUUCAAGACCUACAUAGCAGCUCUCUGCGCCUCCCUGCUCGCCCCCGCAGUAGUGACCUCGCUCAAGUUCAACACGACCUCCAUCUCCGCGCGGAACGGCAGCUCGACGCUAGAAUGCUGGGAGUUCGACGGGCCCGUAUCCGUCAGUAGCGACCCCAGUUACUACGACGUCGUCAACGCCGGCCUAGGACCGAUCUCGAACCUGACCUACACCUACGUCCCGCCCCAGCACGAGCCGAUCUUACACACGGCGCCCUUCAAGCAAUGGGUCUUCAUCGUCACCGGCCUCACCUACUUCACGCUCCCCGACGACCCGAGCACGACCGCGCUGAUCACCGGCGGCGAGUUCGGGCUGGUCUUCGCGUCCGACACGCCGGACGUCAGCGUGCGGGGCCACGCCAGCUCGUUCCCGGGCCUCACCGACACCAUCUGCCUGCAGAUGCCGGUGGCCGGCGACAAGAUCCCGGACCACCGGUUCCUGCACAUGGGCCAGUGCAACGCCGAGGAGAUGACGGGCCUCCGAGGCAUGUCCGCCGUCGCCAGUGCCGCCCGGAAGACCAGGUAAAAAAGAAAUUUUUUGAGACUUUUCAGUUCAGACUCUACUCUUCCGGUUUCUUUUGGAUUUUCAAGACGCGAAGGAAAAAAAAACCCCCUCCGUCUUGAUUCUUCUAUUUUUUUUUUUUUUUUUGGUUCGAGUUAAUCAUCAGUUCACCGGAGACUCUGUUCCUCUCUGCUGUGGCCUUCCCUUCCUCGGCCUUACAGUACCUAAUCCCCUAGAAAGAAAUAACAUCAACCCAUACUUGGUGGGCCGACCACCCUCAUACGAAAGCAGUGGAACCUCAAUCUCUCUUCCCAAUGUCUUUCUUUUUUGGUCAAUUGCUACUACCUAGUAGCUGAGGUCCACAUCUCUCUU